AUCUGUCACUUCUGCUCAGAGGAAACUAGCUCUUCUCUUUCCCGAUGAGUCCCCGUCCUGCACCGUUGUCAAUCACCCAUCUAUGGUGAAGUUCUUACGCAAACGCCGCAAUGACGGCGAGCGGCGGGGGCGCGACUUGCUGCGGCAGGUGAGGCGGCGGCGUCAGACAACUGAUGGAGAGAAGGAAAAUGAUAGAAAUGGAGGAGGAAGAGGGGCGAGGACAAGAACAGCAGCACGCUUCAGACUCCAGGUGCCUCGUUUGGCUUUUCGCCACCGUCUGAACAAGCCCAAUAACGGUGCCUGUCGCCCGGCCCGUUGGCGACGCCGGCCAAUCGCCUUCCUUGGCUUCAUCCUCUCUGUCAAUGCUCUGCGGCCGCUGGCCAACCGGGUGGCGUUGUACCGCUCAUUCCCAACCCGCCUCCUCUCUCGUGCCUGGGGUCGUCUGAAUGAGCUGGACCUCCCCACCUGGCUCAGGAAACCCAUCUACUCUCUCUACAUCUGGACCUUCGGGGUCAACAUGCAGGAGGCAGCGGUAGAGGAUUUACAUCAAUACAAAAACCUGGGAGAAUUCUUCAGACGGCGUCUCAAACCGGCUGUCCGACCCGUGUGUGCCUCCUCCUGCCUGAUUUCUCCUGCUGAUGGGAAGAUUCUCCACUUCGGUCGUGUGAAGAACUGUGAGGUUGAGCAGGUGAAGGGGGUCACCUACAGUCUGGAGAGCUUCCUGGGUCCUCAGAUGAGGGCCGAUACCGGUAAGACCACCAGGAUCCACAACAGGCGCGUUAAUCUGUGUGAUAUCGUCAUCAUUUUUAGCAGUAAUAGCAUCGUUGUUGAUGCUUUUUUUCCCUCAGAUUCAACAUCGACCUAUCAGAACCUCCUCCUGUCGUCUGCCGACAGCGAGCUCUACCAUGUGGUCGUCUACCUGGCUCCAGGUGACUACCAUUGCUUCCACUCGCCUACAGAUUGGACGGUGGAGCUUCGUCGUCACUUCCCAGGCUCGUUAAUGUCGGUCAACCCAGGCGUGGCCCGUUGGGUCAAAGAGCUGUUCUGCCUCAAUGAGCGUGUGGUUCUAAGUGGCCAGUGGCAUCACGGCUUCUUCUCGUUCACGGCGGUGGGGGCCACCAACGUGGGCUCCAUCAGACUCUACUUUGACCAGGAGCUGCACACCAACACCCCUCGCUACAGCAAGGGCUCGUUCCACGACCGCAGCUACAUCUCCGUGGGCGACCAGGCCCUGAAGGUGGCGGGUGACGGGGGCGUGGCCUUGCAGAAGGGCGAGGCGGUGGGGGAGUUUAACCUGGGUUCCACCAUCGUUCUGCUGUUUGAGGCUCCCAGAGACUUCACCUUCAACCUGCAGCCCGGACAGCGGAUCAGAGUGGGCGAGGGCCUCGGCAGCUGAUGGUCGGCUGCAGACUCAGGGGGCCGGCUGGCACAAACGCAUAAUGUUGAGGACAAUUCACGGCCCUUUGGUGACGAUGAGAAGGACAUAUAAUCAAGGACUCCAGCUCCCACAAUGCUUUGUGCCUCAUUGCCAGAUCAGAAACAACAGACGGUUCACAACCAACCUGCGUGUCUCUGAAUAUUGAGACUUUUUGGGUCCAGAUUCACCUCUUUCCUGUCAGAUCUUUAUUUUAUUGGGAUGUUUGUUGUGACUUUUUCCGCCUUCAGUCUUUUUUUUUCUUCUUUUUUCUAAUAUAUCUGAUCUUCUGAAUACAGAAGUUUUCUUCUGAGCAGGUUUCAUGAUGGUGUUUUGUUCAUAAACAUCAAAGAGAACUGCACAAACCUGACCGGAGCGGUCCAGAACUUUGUUAGAGACUGAGAGAAGUUCCUGUAAGAACAGAGAGCAGCUGCAGGAAAACCAUCUACUAACCUGCUUCCAUCUUUAAUAACACAUGGUCCCUUUACUAACUUUUCUAAGUUGUUCUAAGUCACCUCUGAAUCAUCUGGGUCCAUGUUCUGACCUGGUGUGAGCUUCCCUUGCUUCCUGACGUGCAGGACUUUACCAUGCUGAUGUUUUUCACAGUAGAUCUGCACCUAGACCCAAACCAGUGAGCAACAACACGAAGAACAAGAACAGAUUAUAAACUAUUAUGUUAAACUCAACAUGCAUGCUGAGAAACUACCCCAGUCACUUCAACAAACCAAACCUGUAGUUCUGGACAGAAACCGAGCCACCAGUAAGCUCUGCUCCUCAAAUACAGAUGAGUCGACUGCUGUUAUACCAUUGUUCCUGGAGCUCUUAUGCCAGUAACUCCAGGAGAGGAUGGACAAUUAAGUUUAUUUUAUCUCCUAUGCUGAAUCCAAAUAAACAAAUAUAAAUGUC